UGCCUUUAAUUUACAUUGAAAAAUUACAAAAUGACAUCCACAUGCUGUGCUUUGAUGAAAGUCAGAAGUUUUGGAGGCAUUCCACGCCAAUCCUUCUGCAGACGACUUAGCACUAAAGUAUUAAAACAUGAGGAGAACACUAAUACCUCAGACACCUGCAAGACAAACUCUGACAUCAGAGCAAUGAGAAAUCAGAUGUUUUCAGAGGAAAAGAAAAGACAAUUGUCUUUGAUCCGAAGAGUGGAAAAGAUCAAUGUUGAAUACACCGGAAUUCCUGAAAAUUGUACACUCUACAUGAAUAAGGACUUAUCAAGCCCAAAUAAUUGUGCUAUGCACAUGAAAUCUAACAUCAGAACUUUAGCAGCCCUAGCUUUGGUAAAUGGAGAGGUGUGGGACAUGCACCGACCACUGGAGGCAGACUGUUCUCUGCAGUUUUUGAAAUUCCGAGACAGCGAUCCAGGGUUAUUAAACAAGGCAUUCUGGAGAACUGGAUCAUUUUUAAUUGGCUAUGUAUUUGAUCGUGCAUAUAAAGAUGAACACAGAGUUAAUGUAAUACAGUUUCCUAAUAACCCAAUUGUUGAAGAUGGCUAUUUUUGCUGUGACCUUGACCUAGGAUCUAUGAAUUCCUGGCAACCAUUACCAGAUGAGCUGAGAGCUAUGUCUAUGAUAGGGAGCUGUCUAGCUAAAGAGGAGUCACACUUUGAGCGCCUGGAGGUGGAUGAGAAGUUAGCCUUAGAAAUGUUUAAAGACAAUGAAUACAAGUGUAAGCAGAUACCAGAGAUAGCCGCUUCCUCUCCCUCUGGGUCGAGGGUCACGAUGUACAGACUGAGGGACUACGUAGACAUCACUACAGGACCACUCAUCGCCAGUACACUCUUCAUCUCCAUGUACAACAUUGUCAAGGUGUUUCCAAUGAAGUGUCCAGUUAAUGGUGACAUUACAAGAGUACAGGGAAUAGCCUUGCCUCCAGAAUUACAGAUACAUUAUAAAGCUUAUGAAUUACUGUUAGAGAGGGCGCAAAGAAUGGGUGUUGAAGAUCCGUACAGGGAAUCUCAAUAACAAUGUAGUCACAGAUUUACAAUAAAUUAUGUUUGUUUACAUUUUA